AUGGCUCGAUACACUAGUCCCAAGACUAAGGCUCAGAUAAUUGCGCUGAAAAAGCUCGAAUACUCAGAUCGGGCUAUUGUUCAGCUUUUGCAACCUCAGACCAAGGUCUCUCACGCAACUGUCGGUCGUAUCUGGGCCAACAACGUCAGAUUCGCCGCUUUGGCCCUAGCUCGGAGUAGAGUACCGACAGCAGCAAAUAUUAGACGGCAGUACUUCCCUGCCGUUGGGUCCUCUACCCUCCGCCGCUACCUCCAAGAGCUGGGUUUACGGCCGUACAAACGCCGCCGAGUACCCCUGCUCACUUAUUGGCAUAGAAAAGCCCGUUGCGCGUGGGCCCACAGCCAAUUAUUCUGGCCACAAUCAUGCUGGGACGACAUCGUCUUCUCAGACAAAGUCCGAAUCAAGUUAUUUGGGGCCGACAGCGGCCAAUAUUACUGGAGGCAGCCUAGUGAGUCCCCGUAUAAUCCCCGAUACACCAAAAAGACGAUAUCUCAUGGUGGCGGGGGUAUCUUCAUUUGGGGGUGCAUUACCCGAGAGGGAGUCGGGCAAUUGUACCUUAUACGACGCAAGCUGAACGCCCCGGGAUACAUUGAAAUCCUUGGGGACGCCUUCUUUGGAACCCUUGCCGACUAUAAAAUCACCCCGUUUGACAUUACAUUCCAGCACGACCAAGAUCCAAAGCAUACAGCCAGGCUGACACAACAUUGGCUUGCCAGUUGGGGCGUAAGCGUCCUCCCAUGGCCGUCAAAAAGCCCGGAUUUGAAUAUAAUCAAGAACGUCUGGUGGCAUCUGAAGGAGUGCGUGCGUACUCACCGACCUCCCGCUUUGAAUAAGGAAGAAUUAUGGAAAAUAGUGAGGGACAAAUGGAAACAAAUUUCCCCAAAAUAUAUUGGCGAUUUGUAUGAUUCAUUACCGCGUUGA